GGAUGUGGAGUAUUGUUUCCUUGGAAUAGUUUUAUUUCUGCACCUGAUUAUUUCACUAAAAUUUAUGGAGAAAGUGCAAUGAUGUACUUUAGUGUGGCUUAUAGUGUUCCUAAUUUAUUGGGAUUGUUGGUAUUUACUAAAUUUGGAGGCAAAAUUCCACUUAAUUUUAGAGUAUUUCCUGCCUACGUUGUGACAUUAUUGAUUUUAUUGAGCAUUCCUAUAAUUGGAUAUUCAAAUGCUGAAUCAACUUCUGGAUUUAUAAUUACAAUAACUUUUAUAGUGUUUUGUGCGUUGUGUAAUUGCUUUUUACAAUCUGGAAUUUUUGGAUUGGCCUCUAUGCUUCCCUCCAUGUACGUCCAAGCUGUCAUGGUAGGUGCUGGUCUUGCUGGAUUGUUGUGUUCUUUUUUGAGAAUUGUUACCAAGUUGACUAUUGAACAGAACAGAGUGCAUGUCUCUCUAAUGAGAAUGACUCACAGUACUGCUAGUUACUUUAUUGUGUGCUCUAUUAUAAUCCUGUUGUGCAUUUUGAGUUUUAUCUAUGUUGUGAGGCAUCCAUAUUGUAAAUAUUAUAUUAAUUUAUCAAAGAAGAAACAAUUAGAAGAUGGUAACAAUUCAAAUGCUAAUAGUGCAUCUAUUUUGACUGUUUUCAAAAAGAUUUGGUAUUUGUGCUUGCUGGUAAUGCUCCUGUUUGUGGUGACCAUUUCACUCUUCCCUGGUUUAGCUCUUGGAGUUAGAACUUGGUAUUCCUCUACACCAAUGAGAUAUUGGCUUCCAAUUUUGAUGGCAGCUAGUAAUAACAUUUUUGAAUUUGUUGGCAGAACCAUGCCAAACUGGAUUAUUGCUUUCAACAAGAAGACCAUUGCCAUUCCAGUGUUAUUGAGAGUAUUUUUCGUACCACUCUUUUUAUUUUAUUAUAGACCUAGCCUAUUUGGUUAUAAUGAUUAUGUUUACGACGCCUUCCCACUCUUUUCAAUUUUCCUUGUCUCAAUUUCGAAUGGUUACUUGUGCUCAUUAUUGAUGAUGUUUGCUCCUCAGUGUGUAGAGAAUAACGAGAAGGAAAUUGCUGGAACAAUGAUGACCUUUUUCUUGCUCUUUGGUAUUAGUAUAGGUUCGAAUAUGGGAUUAAUAUUUUCUUUCAUUGUUUGA